AUGAUGAAUCCGAUCAAUGACCCAAGCAAUCCAGCUGCUCAGCCGACACCAGCCAGAAAUACAGAUAGCAAGGCGAUUAUUGAAGCGAUUAUUGAUGGAACAGCAUCUUCAGAGAGUACACCUGCCAGUCAGAGAGUAGGUGAGCAGCGUCACUUUCCCCCUCCUCAUUUGCUGCUUGCCUGCAACAGGAGCACGCCAGGAUCUGUGGUAGGCGGCACCGACGGGGAACGUGGCAGCGCUCUCAGUGAACCGGAGGAAUUCAAGCCGCAGGCCCUAUAUGAGCGGGAAGACGAAGCUAAAUGGGAGCCCCAGCAUUUCACUGAACAUCUUCAAGAUAUCUCCUACCUGAAGCAACGGGAUUUAAGGCCUUGUGCAUUCACGUCUCUCUCUGACGCUUUUCGUGCAUCAUUGUGCGUAAUCCGUUGCCUCAGGAGCAUUAUUGGCUUGCAUUUUGGAUACGCAGACACGUGGGGUGCAGAGAAGCAGUCGAGCAGCAGCGGACCGCUUCACGGAUUGCAAGCUGAAAGCUCUUCAGUUGCUGCACACGUUUUAUCCCACCAAGAGUCCUUUGUUGCUGAUGCGGCUGCGUACGACCACUUACUGAAUCAGUCGAACCGCUGUCCCCAAGAUCCAUCGCAUGCCCAUGCACAUGCUCCAGCAGAAUCAGUGUCCGCUGACGCCUCGGCAACUCCUCAAAAGGGAUUUUCGAGCCCAGAAUUGCGAGGAGUUGCAGCAUGCCCGUUUAAAGGGGAGCGAACGGCAACGCCCUCAAGCUGCAGAGAACCCCCUGGAGGCGGAAUGCAAAAGUCACUGCGAGAGUCACCAGUGGCUCCCGGCACGUUUGCUUCGACAAGCGCACAGACCAGAGGGAGUGUGGAAUACGAGCUCUCUGUCUGUAAAGCACUCCUAUUAUUGCAGCACCUAACCCCCAACACCACAACUGCGGUGGAAGAAUCACCAUCAACGCCGUCCCCACAAUCCGUCCCACCUCUGAAUAUCGCAGGUCGUGCUCCCGUAUAUUCGGCAUACAGCACGACUAAGAAAGCCAGCAACUCUACCGAUAUUUCAGACUCCAGUUGUUCAGGGUUCCAAGCUGCCAUCCUGGAAAUUCUCCUUCGAGUGCGCAUCCUCCAAGGAACGCAACAACUGGUGCGAGCUGACUUCGCAAGGCUUUUGCACCAGCAACAGAAACAGCAGCAACAACUGUUAAAGGCUGUCCAAACGACUGUGAUGAAAUUAGGUUCGGCAGUAACUAUACUGCAGCUACAGACACUUAGGUCUCCUGUCAAUACUUUGGCUGUCACCUAUGGAGUCGCAUAA